CCAGGCCUCUGAAUGUGAAAACGACGGUAGACACCCCAAUACAGGUCCAGGCACAUGAUUACACACUAACGCUUUCAUUGGUCAUUGAGGGGAGAGGGCGUUCCAACGGUGGCGGCGUGCGUUAGCCUAUGUGACACAAUUACAACAACUUUGAGCUGGUGGUUGGGAGCAAGUUUGCGAUCAAAUCAAACCACAACCUCUCGUCACAUCCAGUAUUCAUUCGACUAAAUGCAUCAUUUCUCGUGGGAGUACACAUAGUAUUUUGUGUAGAAUGAUGCGCGAGGAAGGCAACUUGAAGGGAUCCUGUUUUCCUUGAGGAUUUGGCAAGAAUAACGCUAGCCAAGCUACUCAGUCCUGGAUACGGUACUGGACACAAAGUGUUGAAUUUUGGUGGAGUUCGUCGCCCACUUCCACGUUGCAUUUCCAUGAAAUCGUGCGGAGUGUCGCUCGCCGCCGCUGCCUCUGCUGCUGACCGAAGUCUCGGCGCUGCUGGUGAUGAGGAAAAGAAAAUGGCGGUGGGAAAAGCGACUGAAACCGAGGAGGACUUUCCGAAGCUAACAGCGCAGGAGAGGGACAGCUUGGUGGGAAUUGACAGUUCACUGUUUGGAUUUCAGAGGCUUCAUGAAGAUGGCGCCAGAACGAAGGCCUUGCUGUUAAAGGCUGUUAGCUGCUAUGACUCCCUCAUCCUGAAAGCGGAGGGAAAAGUGGAACCAGAGAUGUUCUGCCAGUUGGGUCACUUCAACCUUCUCCUAGAGGAGUAUCCAAAAGCAUUAUCAGCAUACCAGCGGUACUACAGUGUACAGUCGGACUACUGGAAGAAUGCCGCCUUCCUGUACGGCCUCGGAAUGGUUUACUUCUAUUUCAAUUCAUAUCAGUGGGCGAUAAAGGCACUGCAGGAGGUGCUGUACAUUGACCCCAGCUUUUCCCGGUCUAAAGAGAUCCACCUGAGGCUGGGUCUCAUGUUUAAGGUCAACACGGACUUCGAGUCGAGCAUGAAGCAUUUUAAGCUGGCUUUGAUUGACUCCAACCCCUGCACUUUGUCCAAACCUGAGAUUCAGUUCCACAUCGCUCACUUGUAUGAGAUUCAGAAGAAAUACAGAGCAGCGAAGGAGGCGUAUGAGAGUCUCCUACAGACAGAGGAUCUUCCUGCACAGGUGAAGGCCACUACACUGCAACAACUAGGCUGGAUGCAUCACACCGUGGAGCAGCUGGGAGAUAAGGGCACCAAGGACAGCUAUGCUAUCCAGUGUCUGCAGAAGUCUCUAGAAGCAGACCCCAAUUCUGGACAGUCCUGGUAUUUCCUUGGCAGGUGCUACUCCAGUAUUGGGAAGGUCCAGGAUGCCUUCAUCUCCUACCGCCAGUCCAUUGACAAGUCUGAGGCCAGCGCUGACACCUGGUGCUCCAUAGGGGUGCUGUACCAGCAGCAGAACCAGCCCAUGGACGCCCUGCAGGCCUACAUCUGCGCCGUGCAGCUGGACCACAGCCACGCGGCCGCCUGGAUGGACCUGGGCACGCUGUACGAGUCGUGCGGGCAGCCGCACGACGCCAUCAAGUGCUACAUCAACGCCACGCGCAGCAAGGCCUGCACCAACACCUCCGCGCUCACCCACCGCAUCAAACUGCUGCAGGCUCAGUUGUGUAACCUACAGCCAGGUAGUCUGCAGAGUAAGAGUAAAAUGCUUCCUAGUAUUGAGGAGGCGUGGAGCCUCCCCAUCCCUGCCGAGCUCACCUCCAGGCAGGGACAGGCCCUGAACACUGCCCAGCAGGCCCAGCAGGCCUGUAAACCCCAACAGGGGGGUGAGACCAGUAGUCACCUAGACAACCAGGCCAGCCCAGCUAAAAGGAAACGCACAGCCAGCCCUUCUAAGAGUGCUGCAGACUCAUGGACCAACAGCCCGGUACCACAGCAGAACCCCAGUUGGUACCUCUCACCACAAAAGCAACAGCUCCUGGACCAUUUGCGGGCGAACCGGGCGAUCCUGAAACCUCAGCAGGUGCAGAUGCUGGACCAGCUUGAGAAGCAGUUCUCUCUCAUGCAGCAGCAUCAACAGCAGAUGAGGCAUGCGGCGGCAGGGCAGGUUCGGCCCGGCCUACCGAACGGCCCCUCAGCCGACCCUUCGUUGACCCAAAACUCCCUCCCCCACCGCGCCCCUCACACCGCCGUCCCGCCCCCCUGCACGGCUCAGCUCAUGGCCAACGGACCCUGCUCGUCGAGCCCCGCCGCCAGCGGCCGGCAUCUGGAUAAUUCCGCCGCCGGUUCCGUGGGCAAUAAUCACACUCUGGGAGCGGGAGGGUUACCGGGAGGUAGCGGGAGUAAUGGAAAUGUGCCUUACCUACAGCAGCACUCUCUACCUCACCACUGCACAGCCACCAGUAACCCCACCAGCAACAAGUCCAGUACCACAGACGAGGCCUGGAGAAGCCAGCCAUGCGCCAACACCACUCAGGGGCUUCACAAAGGUCCAGGUUCACAUUCGGCAGGUCCCAAUGGAGAACCCUUCCCUCCCUCCCUGGCCCACCCCCACCUCCUCCCCCUCCCUGCCCAGGCAGCAGGCGCCAACGGCUCCGGUGCUCUAGAUCAGGUCGGACUCUGCACUGGCUCCUCCUCUUCCUCCUCCUCCUCCUCCCUCUCCUCCUCCUCACCUCAGACUGGCACCCCCAACCACCUCUCCUCACCCCCCCACUCCGCCACUACCUCAGGGGCCCACACCAAAGAGACCACGCCUUCAGGAAGAAACGGCAGCAGUGGGUCGACCCCUGCCGCCCCCUCGGUUCCUGACGGCUCCUCCGCUGGGCAUUCGGCAGGGACGCCUCUCAGCCCUGGCUCCGCCCCUGCACAGGGACUGACUAAUCACGUCCAGCAGCGGGUGACGGACAGCUCGGCGAGCCCCUCCCAGACCGCCUCCCCUUUCCCAGGCGCGCUCCGUUCCGACAAUCCUCAGCUCUCAGCCUUGCUCGUGGGAAAAGCCAAUUCUAGCAGCGAUGACAAUAACAAUCAUAGCGAUCAUCUGGGGUCAUCGGAGAAGGUCAACAACAUCCACGCAGGUCUCCACGGGGGGGCCAAGCCCCUUCCGGAGCAUUCUCUGGCCUCCUCGCCCCUCUCGGCCAUGUCCACGGCCACCCCCUCCCCUCGGUCCGCCGACCCCGCCUCCUCCAGCAGCCUGGCCUGCCUUAACAGCCCGUCCGGCGGUGGCCCCACCCCUGGCCCGGCUCAGGGCCCCACGCUGAACGGCGAGGGGCCAGAGGACUCCCAGAGCCCGGUGAAGGUGGAGCCGUGCGGGGGCGUUCCCAGGCCGGCCCCGCCCGGCCCCGUGGUCCUGGCCCCCUGGUCCUCGGUCUCCAUCUACCCAAGCUCCAGCGACGUGCUCAAGGCUUGCAGGAACCUGGGGAAGAAUGGCCUGGCCACCAGCAGCAUCCUCCUGGACAAGUGUCCCCCCCCCAGGCCCCCUCCCCCGCCCUCCCCCUCACUGCCAAAGGACAAGCUCAACCCCCCCACGCCCAGCAUUUACCUGGAGAAUAAGAGGGACGCCUUCUUCCCUCCACUGCACCAGUUCUGUACAAACCCUGCCAACCCUGUCACAGUCAUCAGAGGCCUGGCUGGAGCGCUCAAACUGGACCUGGGCCUGUUCUCCACUAAGACCCUGGUGGAGGCCAACCCGGACCACCUGGUGGAGGUGAGGACCCAGCUGGCCCAGCCCACCGACGAGAACUGGGACCCCAGCGGCUGCAGGAGGAUGUGGCGCUGCGAGAGCAGCCGCUCCCACACCACCAUCGCCAAGUACGCCCAGUACCAGGCCUCCUCCUUCCAGGAGUCACUACGGGAGGAGAACGAGAAGAAGAAAGAGCAGUCGGAAGCAGAGGUGGAGAAUGCAGCGAGGAAGAGGAAGGGCCCUUUCAAGCAUAUCAAGUUUGGGACCAACAUUGACCUGUCUGACGAGAGGAAGUGGAAGCUGCAGCUGCAGGAGCUCAGUAAGCUGCCCGCCUUCGCUAGGGUGGUCUCCGCCGGCAACCUGCUCAGCCAUGUAGGACACACCAUCCUGGGCAUGAACACUGUCCAGCUCUAUAUGAAGGUUCCUGGGAGCAGGACACCAGGCCACCAGGAGAACAACAACUUCUGUUCCGUGAACAUCAACAUCGGCCCGGGGGACUGCGAGUGGUUCGCUGUGCCGGAGCCUUACUGGGGAACCAUCAACCACUUCUGUGAAAAGAACAACAUCAACUUCCUGAUGGGCUCGUGGUGGCCGAACCUGGAGGACUUGUAUGAGACGGAUGUCCCGGUGUACCGGUUCAUCCAGCGCCCAGGAGACCUGGUGUGGCUCAACACGGGCACGGUCCACUGGGUCCAGGCCAUCGGCUGGUGCAACAACAUCGCCUGGAACGUUGGACCCCUCACUGCACACCAGUACAAGCUGGCCGUGGAGCGCUACGAGUGGAACAAGCUGCAGAGCGUCAAAUCCAUCGUGCCCAUGAUCCACCUCUCCUGGAACAUGGCCCGGAACAUCAAGGUGUCCGACCACAAGCUCUUCGAGAUGAUGAAGUACUGUCUGCUGCGGACUCUGAAGCAGUGUCAGAUGCUGAAGGAGAUGCUGCUGACCGCAGGGAAGGAGCUGGUGUGGCACGGGAGGACCAGGGAAGAGCCGGCACACUACUGCAGCAUCUGCGAGGUGGAGGUGUUUGACCUGCUCUUUGUCACCAGUGAGAGUAACAGCAGGAAGACGUACGUAGUGCACUGUCAGGACUGUGCCCGCAGGGGGAGCCCUAACCUGGACAACUUUGUGGUGCUGGAGCAAUACAAGAUAGAGGACCUCAUGCAGGUCUAUGACCAGUUCACUCUCGCUCCUCCAUUGCCCUCAUCGUGACAGUAACGUUCUGCUACUCUGACAACAUUCAGAACCCUCAACGAACUGACGGAACCCCUCUCCGGAAUGUCCUUUUUUUUCUGAUAUUCAGGAAGUGAGCCAGCAGUCCUCCACUGCGCUCUGUAGCUAUCCCACAAGGCAGCUGUGUGAAAGCUGUGUCUAUGCAACCUGCCCAGAGUGAAGCACCGCCCCCUAGUGGACUGGAGGGGGAAUGGCUGCUCCCUCCUGCCACCAUGACCAGACUGUUCUAAUGCUGGCUCAAGACAACCUUCUCUAGAAAAACAUAAAAAUGGACAACAACAAAAAAACAGACAAUUGAAAAGUGGUUUUGUAUAUAUUAUUGUUAGAACUGGCAACAACGUCACACAAAGACUA